GAUACUAUGAAUAUAACAUACAUUAGUCUUGAUGGCCAUGUAGAGUUACAGAAAUAUAGGUAUCUUUAUUUCGUAAUCAUGUUGACAGGGUACAUUUUAAUUCUGUCCUGUAAUUCCACUAUUGUAUAUCUUAUUGUUAUUCAUAAAAACCUGCAUGAGCCUAUGUAUAUGUUUAUUGCUGCUUUAUUAAUCAAUUCCAUUCUUUUCAGUACUGUUAUCUACCCAAAGCUUUUGACCGAUUUCCUAUCUGAGAAACAAAUUGUGUCUUAUCAGUUUUGUCUCAUACAAGCGUUGUUGUUUUACUCUUUAAGCUGUUCAGAAUAUUUGCUGUUAGCAGCCAUGGCUUUUGACAGAUAUGUGUCCAUAUGUAAACCUCUGCAAUAUCAUUCAAUCAUGACAAAAAGAACAGUGAGUAUUUUUCUUAUUCUUUCCUGGUUUGUACCUCCUUGUCAUACUGUUGUGCCUGUCAUUGGAAGAGCAAAUACCAAGCUCUGUAACUUUAGUUUGAAAGCAAUUUUCUGUAACAAUUCAGCAAAUAGUCUUUUCUGUGUUGCUUCGAAAGCAUUGAUGACAUAUGGCCUUGUUGUUGUAUUCAACCUUGCUCUUUUCCCAAUGCUUUUCAUACUAUUCACCUACACAGCGAUAAUUAUUGUGGCCAGUAGAAGUUGCAGGGAAGUUAGGAGAAAAGCUGCACAGACGUGUUUGCCUCACUUGCUGGUUUUAAUCAACUAUUCUUGUUUGUUUUCUUAUGACAUGAUUAUUGUUAGACUGGAAUCUAAUAUUUCAAAGACAGUAGGUUUUGUGAUGACAGUGCAAAUGAUGAUGUGUAAUCCUCUUUUUAAUCCAAUCAUAUAUGGACUGAAAAUCAAAGAAAUUUAUAAACACUUAAGACAAUUGCUUUAUAAAGUUGGAGUUAAGUAGCCCUUUUACUUGAUGUGCACUUAUUGUAACUGUUUCAAGAUAUGUCCCAGAUAUAUCUAGCUAAAAUAUCCAUCCCAUAGAGGUUUGACUGUAGUUAUAUUAACUAUUUUCAAGAUUUUUGUAUGUCAUUUUCUGUUUGGUACAGUUGAGCGUUGUUUAUGUGAAUGUGUGUGUAAAAAACUGUUAAGAUAUUUAAAAUAUUUUCUCAACAUUUAAGUAGCAAUUCAAGCUGUCAUCUGGAUGAUCUUUUGUGAAUGUAAUCCAAUACAUCUACAUGCAUUGCUGGAUUAAUAAACAAGUCAAAUAAAGAACUGGAAGAGAGACUGCCAAGUCAUCUGGACCCACUGCACACCAACAGCACACAGGGUUGGUUUAGAGGCUUUUCUAAGGACACAAUGAUCAAGACAGAUGUCACGGGAUAUCAAACCGGCAACCCAGUAGUUACAGAAGAAACCCUUACCUACUAAAUAACCAUCUCCCCAACAGGUAUAUUAAAACUGG